CUGCAGUUCGAGAUGACCAUCGACAAAAACAAGGACCUGUUUCUGCAACUGUCCUCGACACUCUGCGACGACGAAGACUACCACAGUGGGGACGAGGACUGCUGGACCGGUACCCACUACGGCGACUACACCCACGAAGUGGUCUCCACGACCUCCCAGAAGUACAACCCGGAGGUGCAGUUCAGCAGCGUGACCACCACCGAUCAGUUCCCCCGGGACAGCCGGUUACAGAUGCUGAUCGAUCGACUAAUCAACCUGAAGAAUGCAGCCACCAAAGCUGUAUCAAGCAAUGCGUACCGAAGCGAUUCGGAUAAGAUGCUCUCGGAUAUGGCAGAGGGUUCCGGCAAUCACUACGAGCCCGAUUACGAUUCAACCGAGGAUGAGUACGGUGAAAAUGGGUCCGGAUCAGGUGAAGGUCCAGGAUCGUCGAAAUCGUACGGCGCCGGAAUAAUCAACGUGGCGAGGGACAGUAACUUCACUCCGACCGUCAAUCCCAGUUUGUCGCCUCGAAUCUCGGCCUGCAACGUGGUGGUGCUUACCCUGGCAGCUCUUUGCCUCAGCAUUCUAAGCAGCAGCAGUCGAAGUCACUAACUGGCAAGUGGCAGCAACAAAUCGAGUCACACACACGAUGAACGUAGUGAUACCUACCAAUAGUAAUCACAAUUAAAUUCAGGACUACAAGACGCACAAAUCCACACACUCACGCAUGCCUGCCUUCUUGGAAUCGCCGGUAAAUUUGUGUGCUGAUUUGUGAGGGAAAAAUCCCCUGUGCGUGCUUGAAGAACACAAUAUCGCGAGAACAACGCGUGAAAGUCAAACCCCCAAUAGAAUUGUAAAGUUAUUUAGGAAUACUAGGAAAUAACAAAUCUAUUCGUACGAGUCAACCAACAACAAACAAGAAAAAACAACCAGAAGAAGGAGGAAAAUAACGAAAGACUACAUUGUAAAUGAAUUUUGUUUCAUGUGCUGAAUGUGUACAGCUCUAUUUCUGUUGAUUGGAAAAAAUGCAACAAUUAUCAUAGGAUUCGGAUGUCCCGAAAAGUACGUCUUGGCAGCUGUUCAGGUUCCAGAAAUUGUCCUCUGCAUGUAGUACGAUUCACGUUUCCCAACCGCACGCACCCUACUUGUAAAUUCAAACCGAAUCGUUUUGCCAAAAUCAAAACACAAUAACAGCAGAACGUGAAUAUGUACAAAUUUUACCAACAAAACAAGUCUAAUCUCAUUUAAAGUUUACUAUUCGCAGUAAAGUCGUAUCCUUGAGUAAUUUCAACAUGAUUUUUUUUUCUUUGAGUAAUGCUAACCCCGGGGAAGUCAGAAGUUAGAGAUCGCUUUUACAGCAUCCCGAAACCGAGUCGCCAUAUUUAAUGAAUGAUGAAUUAAAUUGAAACAUACUUAGUUAGGUUUGCAACGUCUGAAAAACGAACUGUGUAUACUCUACUUUAUUUUAUAAUCAAAUUGACGUGUGUACCUCUCACAAGAAAGCGUGAUCUUAUACCUACUGCUUAUUGAAAUGAGAAACAAAACUACACAACAACAAACAAACGAAAACAAAAACACUUGGGAUUUCAAUUUUCAAAUUAAAGUAUCGAACCUCCUUAAACGAAUGAAACAUUAAAACCAACCUUAACGCUGUAGCUAUCCUUAGAUUACGGGGCACAAAACCCGAACCCUUUUCCCCCAAUAGGAAGAUAUAUACAUAGAUUGUAGUUAGAACUUUUAAAUUAAUAGAGGAUUUUCCACUGAUUUCCAAAAUUCUGUAUAUAGUUAUCGCUAAGCUAAGAGCGCGUAGUUGUACGUAGCACACGUUUUGGAGGAAAAAUCUGACCCCUAACCUAACUGAUACCAUUUUUCGUCGAAUUCCACCAGAUUAUGUGUUGUGGACAAACGAACAGAAUAUGAGAGAAACGAUCUUCGAAAGGCUGAUGAAACUCGUAAGUUGCUACAAAAAAAGUCGAAGGUCGUCGUUGCAGUACUGAAAAGUAUUAAGAAAUUUUUGUUUCGCUCAGUUUAAAACCCGUUUUAAUGGUUACUAAACCAAGUUUUACUUUCGAAAAAAAUAUCUUUUGAGUUUACGCAGAAAAAUUCGGAAUUUUUUGAGAGAAAUUGUCUAACGAAGAUUGCAAAAAUACUCAUUAUGCAAAAAGAACGACCGAUAUUCAGCCUUCACUGAAUCCCUUAAAUAAAAGAUGGUUACCAAAAAAUUAAAUAGCCGCAUCGAGAGAGUGUUUAGCAAAAGAGACCCUGUACAAUUCAGACCGAUUCGAAGAUCAGGAAGACGUUUUCAACACACAAUGUUAACACAGUUGAAGUUGGGGCUUUUGAAGUUUAAAAAUACAAAAUCAGUCCCUUCCCAUUCGUCUGCCAGCAAAAAGUCAACGCUCACAUUUGAUUUUAAACGUUUGAAUUGAAUUAAUUUGAUUCAAGCCAUGCAAGUAAUCUUUACCCUAAACGCAAAACUACUAAGGCAAGUUAAAACGAAUGGAUUGUUUUGUAACGGAUAGGUGUGAGUUUGAGGUGUAACAAAAAAAAAACAGAAACUAAAAUUACGAGAAAGAGAGAAAAAUGUUCGCGAUUGAACUAUCUGUGAUGAGUUAAGGAAAAAAAAUUGAAAAUAAAUCGUGUACGAACGAGAUUGGCGAAAGGAAAGUCAGAGAGAAAGUUAAGUAAAAUCCAACCUAUAUAUUAGAGAAGAAAUAAAUCAAACGGAAACAAAAUCCUCUAGGGAUCACCCAAACACGAGAGUCUUGGAUAAAUCCGAUGAAAGAGAAAUAAUUUAUUGUUAUAAAAAUUGUUAUUUCAAAGUCAAUAUUUCUUUUGCCCCAAACCGAGCGAUCGACAAAGUGUUACUUGCUCAUAGAAUCGAAAAAAGGAGUACGUAAUACCCGAUGACAGACCAAGGCGCCAUCAUCCCUCCACGUUCAGCGCGAUCGACUGCUUUCACCAACUUUUCGGGGGAGUGACUGAUAGCAUUCUGAAUCCAAGUUUAGGCUUCCAGUGAUAUACGUUUUUCAUUAAACAUAGGUUUAGGUGUUAACUCUUUAUUUUUUUACAAAAAAAGAAAAUGUCAGUCCAAAUUUCUGUGCUAUUCAUGCUCUCCGAUCGAUGAUUGGUAAUUCUUCGAUCGCGCAAAACAAACCUCAAUCGUAAGGGUAAGGGGGGAUGAACUCAAUCAUACUACUCCCUACAGAAAACAAACAAACAAAAAAACUGUGCUCGGGUACCAUCCUACAAGAAUACAGAAUAAUUCUCGUAAAGUUAAUCGUUUUACCUUCAAUGCUGAAAAAUUGAGCAUAGUUGGAGAAAGGAAGAGGUAUUUAUAUGAUAAAUACGUCAGAAAAGAAACAGGAAUAAUAUAUUUAAACAAAAAAAAUGAUACUGAACAAAUUCAAACAAAUUAUGGUGGAAAAACCAGAAACAAAAAAAACAACAACCGAAAGAGAAAACAGAUACAAAAACAAAUUAAAAAAAAAAGGUCACUAACUAAUAAUUAGGAAGUUGUAUUAUAGGAACUAGGACAAGAGCAAAAAUAAAAAAUAAAAAACAGAACGAAAAAAAUCAUUUCAGUAAUAAAACAUUUUGCUUAUGUUGAAGAGUAAACUAGGUAGAAUUGAAUAAACACCUAUGUGAAGAGAGAAAAAAAAUGUGAAUAACGAGAAGAAAUA